UCGUCAUUUACACAUCUCUACCAGGCAAAGUGGACUUUUCUGUUUUUUAACCGAAUUUGUUAAUCCAAUCUAACAAACUAAGUGGAAAAACGAGUAGAAAACGGUCGGCAAAAUGUUCGGUACCCCUAAAGUGUUAGCAAUCUGAUGAAAAAUCGGGCGGGAAAGGCAGAGAGAGCUAAAAUUCAGUGAGUGAAAAAGUGCGCGUGUGGGGAGAAGAAGAAAAGUGGAAAUACAACGCUGAAAAUUGGCAGCGGCAAGAAACGUUUUAAACAAUUGUAAUGUGCUGAUACCGCCAAAUAAAAUCUAUUAAAAUGACGGAAACCUUCGACGAGGAGCUUUUCGAGACGCGAUUGGAGGCGCUAAAGGACACGCAGGAGGGCAUCCAGCAGAUGUCCAACUGGUGCCUGCAACACCGUUCGAACCACAAGAAGAUCAUCCAGUGCUGGCUGAACGUCUUCAAAAGAGUUCGCGUGGACCACCGCCUGGUGCUGUUCUACCUGGCCAACGAUGUAAUCCAGUACAGCAAGCGCAAGCGGUACGAGUUCGUCGAGUGCUGGGCCACAGCCCUCCAGAGAGCCACCACCAUGGUGCGCGAUGAACGCGUCAAAGACAAAAUCCUGCGAAUCUUCAAGAUCUGGGAGCAGCGGGAGAUCUACAACGAGGAGUACCUAAGCGACUUGAGUGGCCUGCUCAACAUAGCACGGCCCAAAAAAUCCCAGAUCGAUGUCAGUGACGAGUUCCAGAACGGCACGUUGAUAGCCCAAGUGCGCGAGUGCGUCGAACUGGCUGAGACAACCGAUAAAAGCAUGCAGAAGCUGCCCAAGCCACCGACAUUCGAGAUCGAAGUCAUCAAGCAGCAGCUGAAGGACAAGAGCCACUCCGGGGACAUCGAAAAGGAGGUGGAGCGGUGCGUGGCCUUCAUCAAUGCCUACAAUAAAAACCUGCAGAACGAGAUUAAGAGCCGGAAGGCGGUACUAGCCAGUAUCGAAGCGGCUAAGAAGUUUUACGAACAUCAGGGGAAGGAAGUUAAAGUGGUGGCCAGUGCCUAUAAAAGCUUUGGCACGCGCAUCAAAAUAGUGAAAAGAAAGCUGGACGAGACCAUACCCACCCUGGCCAGUCCAAUACCUUCGCCAGACGUUAAUGCUCCCUCGCCCGAGCGCGAUGCAGAUCUCCAGUUGCCCGAGGAAAACAAUUUGCCACUGAACCUUUUUGGCGGCAGUCUGAAUGGCUUCACAAGUUAUCUAGAUGGCGGCAAGCUCCCCUUUGACAUAAAUGACUUCAAGCGGGACUCGAAGGAUCGGGGAAGUGCCAUUGAGGUGAUAGGUUCACGAUCGGAUGACGAGGCCUAUGUGCCGAGUGCCAAUUUCUACAAGCCCGAGCCCAUUUCCAGUUCCGACAGCAGCGCCAUACCGGGUCUUGGCGGAGGUGGAUCCGCUGAGUAUACCCCCAAUCCGCCCCUGUUUGGCUCAAGCAGCCAAGAGCAAUAUGUCCCGCCACCUCCCUCGCACCUUUACGGUAGCACUGGCAACGGAGGAGGCAAUCAGGAGUACACGCCUGCGCCGAUGCCACCGCCACCGUUGCCACCAUCUCUUGGACCUUCUAGUGGAUCAGCGGAUGAUUUCAACAGCACCUGGAAUAUGAGCAUGUCCUGGACGCCGCUGGACUCUAGUUUAAAUAGUAGUGGAGCGAGCUCCUCUUCGUAUGCGAAUCAAUCGACUCCCCAUUCGCCGCCUCACUUUGAGAGGAAGGGCAGCUCGACGGCCGCUCCAAUCGAAUAUAACGAGCAUCUGCACACGAAUUCCGCAGCGCUGGGCGCCGAGGAUGUGGACCAUCGCACCCUGCAGCUCCCGCCAGCCUUCGAUUUUGGGGCCAAAUUGGGUUUAAGCAAGGACAAGUCUAGGCAGCUAGUAGACAUUGAUCACAGGAAUUUAAUAUCGCUUACUGGUUCGCCAGGCGGAGCAGAGAAGGACUUUGCCGGCGGAGAUGUGGACUACCGAAUAGUUCCCAAUCCAAAUGAUGAAGGCAUCAUGGCACCCCCUGGUAAUAACUAUGCCAAAAGCAAAACCAGUUCACCGCUUAAAUCCAAUGCCACAGGCUCCUCAUCUGAAUCGGAUCGCGUGGAUGGAGCUGCCCGCUAUGAUCCCGCUGAUAUGGUGAUUGAUAUGGAUAUGUCGGACGAUGAUAUUGAUGAGUCACUGAGAGAAGUCAAGGAGGAUAAUGGAGAUGCAGAUGCCGAGGCCAACGGCGCCUUAACGCCUUCGCGUCCUGUUCUGCUGGAAACUCCGGCGGAGUUUAAUCCCUGGGAGGCGAACAAUAGUUUUCUGGGUCAACCUUUGCCUGAUGAAGAGGAUCAGCAGCAGCAACAUCAGCAACAUGAGCAGCAGCAGCAUCAACAGCAAGAUCUCCAACAACAUCAUCAGCAUCAGCAGCACCAACAUCAACAACAGCAGUCCUGGAACCAAAUGAAUCCCAUGCAAAUGGGAGGAGGUGGAGCACCACCACCACCCCCGCGACCUCCCUUUGGGCCACCCUUUCCGCCCUUUCAACGUUUCCCCGGUCCACCGAUGAAUGGUCCCGAUGGAAUGCAGCGCGGGCGUGGCAGAGGGCGGGGUUGGAACGGACCCGGACCGGGGCCAUUUAGACCGCCUUAUCAACGGAUGCCUGGCCCAGGAUUCGAUGGGCCCGGGCCUGGACCACGUCCAUUCUUUCCAAGAGGAGGAGGACCCGGCGGUCCGAUGCGGGGACGCGGACGCAUGCGUGGUAAAGCUUGGAUGAUGUAAUUACGUAUUAUAUAGAUUUAAAAAAGAGAGAAUCCCUAGUUUUAGACUUGACCUAUCUCACUUUGAUUUAAUUUAACAAAAAAGUGUAUUGUAUAGAACAGAUAACACAUUAACCCCAAACAAA